ACUCAAUUGAGUUGGGUCCUCGACAAGCACAUUUGGAACAUGAGGUACGUUUUGUCCAGAGCGAGAUGACGACGACUCAGACGACGCGUGGAAGUAACCGUCUGUUGGCGAGAGGGCAUCAGGUUCAUCGUCAGAGUCGGCGGAAUAGAGAUUGUCAGAGUAAGGAGCAGGCAUUUUGUCCUUGUCUCGUUAUUGGCGUACAGUAUGAUUGUGGGCGUGUGGCGUGUAAGACGGUGCAAUUGAUCCAGACGCACGUCAAAUACCCCUUUUCAUUGAAGUAUGAAGGAUAUUAAGGUGAUGCGUACGUGGCACUCUUCACAAGAGGAAUCUGAGCGUGCUCACGCCGUGUAUCACCAGAUUAUUGAGGUGAAGAAUGCCAGACGAGAUGAGAGAAAGAUGAAGUUGAGCUGCGGCGCGGAUGAAAAAAAAAGAGGGGAACGGGUCUUGCUUACAGCACCUCUCUUGUUGUUUCCUACAAUCAGCCUAUGGCCAUGGUUCUAGACUGAAUAUUCCUGCUCGGUUACGUUGCUUGGUUGCGAUGCUUCUGAUCAUGUAACGACUUUGGCCGAUCACACUAUUGCUCUUUGGGGGCGAGCGUUGAAUGUGCAUAUGAAGCGGCGUAAUACUGCAAAAAGUCCGAUCAAGCUAUCCAUUUAUCGUAUUUUCCAACUUAUAAGCCAUGGUAAGUUCAAUGCUUCCUUCUUGGCUAUACGGUAUUUUCAAUAUUAUGAGUUAUAUUAUCUCUACCCCAGGUCUCUCUUUUCUUUAUAUUUCUUCUUUCUUCUCCGAUUCAACUUCUCUUCAGAAUCUUCCGUUCCCUCGUCUUAUCUUCCGUCUCCCACCAGAGCAAGGAUCCUCUAUCACUUUACAAAAGUUCCCCCAACCUUCACAACCCCGCAGUCCUCUUUCGACCCUUGCCAACUGCCAUUCCUGUGCAAGCUCAAUUCAUAGUUACAAUGUUGCGUAAGCCCUGCAGCAAAGGCCGCGAGUUCUUGACAUGCGGCUGACGACAACCUGUGACUGUGGAAGAUAAAGGAACGAGUCAAGAUCGCGAAAUGACGUUUGAUGAUCGAGAAUAAUCAGCAGGAUACGUGAUAGGGCUGAUUGAUAACGACUACUUCUUGGCCAAGCUACCCCAGCCGAGCUCGGAUCUGCAGUGCGGUAGUAAGCUUCUUUUGUGAGCUCCCAAAGCAAUUAUGAGCUUGGUGGGCAGCUCCGUCUGGACCUCCUUUCAUUCUUAAGUCUAGAACACAAUCCCUCCAGCAGUGAGCUUCACACCUCAAGCUUCCGCCAUGCCUUCAUAAUUAUUACCUUCUCAUGGCUGUUAUUGCAGUCCAACGAGUCCUAGGGUUACCCAGGGCAGCCCCUCCUGUAUGAACCAUUCCGCCGGAGCCGGCCCCACAUCUCCGGCUCCGAUUCCGUGUCCGAAAUGGGCAUGCUCGAUCUCGGAUGUUUUCCAGGACCUCUCACAGCUAGCCCGCCGCCUUUCACAAUUCAACAAUUUCAUAAAUGGCGAGUCAGAGUAACUUUCAUUAUCGUUUCAAACCUAGUCAAGGAAACUGAUGGAUUCAUCACGAGACCUCAUCUUCUUCACCUCCGAAAAUGAGAAACAUGCAGUGUCAGCCGAAUCAUCGCCUCGUCUUCUGACGAUGGCUGCUGGCCACUUUCUUCUGAUAUAUCAAUCCCUUCAACGCCAGAAUAUUCCCCCAUCGUAACGCAAUGCCAUCCAAUCGCUAGAUCCUCGCUUUCCAGAAUGUUGAUGUGAAAUUUGCGUGCGUGCGUGUGUAUAGUAAAUGUUAAUUGUGAAACAGGGGAGGAUCCCUGUAGUUUUUUUGUGUUUGGCCCUUUCAUCUCAUCGCUAGUUGGGGCUUCUAGCUCAAUCCAAGAAUUCUCUUGGAAUUCUCGUACACCACCCAAGUGAUACUCAAGGCGGGAGCGACCUUCAGAAGGUUGGGUGUAAGGCCCUUGUAUAAGCCUCGAUACCCUUCUCGUUGAAUCGUUUUCUUCGUUACGUCCCAGAUACCAGUGUAUGUUGCGGGAUGCAUGGCCGUGCCCUGGGUUUGAAGUCGUGUUCGCACCACGUUCAGGGGGUAGACAACGCUGGCUCCAAAGGCUCCAGAUGUGG